GUCGUAAGCCCUCCGAUCUCCACGUAACAUUUCGUAAGCAUUGUUGGCUAAGCCGGCUCAACAGGUUUCGUGGCGAGUGCCGUGCAUGUCAGCGUCGUUACUCAUUUCGUCGAAGGCAGGUCGUGUGGUGCUCAGUUCGUUGCUCCCGCAACGUCUAUAAUCUCUGUAACUCUCAGAAACAAGAGGUGAUCAAGAGGAUCGUAAGGUUCUCAGCCAGCGCGACAGCCGGGCCAAUAAUCAGGAUGGCUCCCCGGAAACCCACCCUUCUUCUUUUUGAUGUGGAUGGCACGCUGACCAAGGCACGCCAGUCGAUCACGCCGGAGAUGACUGAGUUCCUGCGCUCUGUGCGUGAGCACGCGUGCGUGGGCGUGGUGGGCGGUUCGGACCUGCCCAAGAUCUGUCAGCAGCUGGCCGGCGGGGACGAGGCGUCUGUGCACCGGCUCUGCGAGUACGUCUUCGCCGAGAACGGUCUGGUCGCCUUCAAGGGCGGCGAGCAGAUCCACAAGGCGGACCUGGUGAGCCAGUUGGGUGACGCGUUCCUGCAGCGCUUCAUCAACUUCACGCUGGCGCACCUCUCCAAGGUGGAGCUGCCGCUGAAGAGGGGCAACUUCGUCGAGUUCAGGAACGGCAUGAUCAACGUCUCGCCGAUCGGACGCAGCUGCAGCCAGGCGGAGCGCGACCAGUUCGUAGAGUACGACGCCGCGCACGGCGUCAGGAGCGACCUGGUGCGCGCGCUCACCGAGCAGUUCGGCGAUUCGGGCCUCUGCUUCUGCAUCGGCGGCCAGAUCAGCGUCGAUGUGUUCCCCAAGGGCUGGGACAAGACGUACUCGCUGCAGUUCGUCGAGAAGGAGGGCUUUGAUGAGAUUCACUUUUUCGGCGACAAGACGAGUCCGGGCGGCAACGAUCACGCCAUCUAUGAGGACCCGCGCACGGUGGGCCACUCUGUCGUCGACCCCAGCGACACGCGGCGGCAGGUGGAGGAACUGCUCAAACUACGCUGACGACGCUAGCGACGAUAGCGGCGAGUUGGGAAACUGUGUUCUCGGCUAGAGGACUUAUUGCUAUAGGUGGCCCGCUAGGACCAAGGCUGCCCAGCGUCUGCAGACUGGGUGGAUGAUUUGAUGCGGCAUUUGAUGCCACACCAAAGCUUCUUUCGUGGUGCCUCAGCUUUGGGAUCUGACUCGUGGAUUUUCAAGAAUAUGUCACUCUGCUUUGUUAAAAUUUAAGAAAUGUAGCGUCGCUCGUGUGAUAAAAUGCCUACUCUUGAAACACGUUUGUGAAUUACUGGUGAGCUAUGUCAGUUUUUAGAAGCGAAUAUGACUGACCAGCGCGUACUGGCGACUAGGUUUUCAUCUGUACUUGUUGCGGCUUGCCGUAUAUUACGGCUGUUACGCAUUGUCAUGAUAAUUCAAUGCGCAUUUAACCGACCAACCAAAGUUUGAUCAUUUCUUAAAACUAUGUUUUUCAUUGGACUGGAGGCAUUGAGUGGGGAUUUUUCUACGUUUUGCAUAUUAAUGUGGAAUAUGUUACUUCCCAUUGUCUGAUAUCCAGCAUUCAUUAAAUUGUUUGUGUAUUUUUCGGUACGAGCGGUUCUUAUUUCCGAUGCGGUUAUUUUCGUGGUGGUUUGUACGUCGCACUUGUACGUAGGAUCGUUUUCGUUUUGUUUUCCGCUGUUCUAAAAAGGUGUUUUCCAAUAAACCGUCUCAAAGUUUGAA